AUGGAACAGCUCAUUCUGGAAGUCAUCUCUAAGCAUGUGGAGGAAAAGAAGGUUAUCAGGAGUAGUCAACAUGGAUUCACCAAGGGGAAAUCACGCUUGACCAAUCUGAUGAUAGUCUUCUAUGAUGGCAUGACUGGCUGGGUAGAUGAAGGGAGAGCAGUGGAUGUUGUCUACCUUGACUUCAGGAAGGUUUUUGACACGGUCUCCCAUAACAUCCUCAUAGGUAAGCACAGGAAGUGUGGGUUAGAUGAGUGGACAAUUACAACUGAUGGGAAACCCAAGAUAAUUGAUAUAAUUGAUACAACAGGCAGUGGUGAUGUAACUACAUGUACCAUUGUAGAACCUAAGGAUGGGGAAAUUACUGGUCUUUCUGGAAGAACUUUAAAGAUUCCAGCAAACUGGGUAAAUCCUUCAGGCAAAUAUCACAUUGGCAUAAAAAAUGGCUAUGAUAUCUAUCCUAAAGCUCUUAAGGAGAGGAUUCAGAAAGAACGCAAGGAAAAGCUCUGGGAUCCAGUUCACAGACUGGCUCUAGCAGAGGCCUGUAGGAAACAAGAAGAAUUUGAUGCUGCUCAUAGCUCUCCCUCCCAGGUGAAUAAGCUAAUAAAGGAAGAACUUCAAAAUCAAGUGGAACUGUUGAAUUCUUUUGAGAAAAAAUAUAGUGAUCCUGGCCCAGUAUAUGAUUGUCUAGUAUGGAAUGAUGGUGAGACCUGGAGAGCCUGCAUAGAUACAAGUGAGAGUGGUGACUUAACUAGCUGUACAGUGCUGAGAACAUAUAAAGAGGCUCAGGAAUAUGGAUCUUUUGGAACAUCUGAGAUGUUGAAUUAUUCAGUGAAUAUAUAUGAUGAUGGAAACCUUCUUUCCAUUGUGACAAGUGGAGGAGCACAUGGAACACAUGUGGCUAGUAUUGCAGCUGGAUACUUUCCAGAAGAACCAGAACGAAAUGGUGUGGCUCCUGGAGCUCAGAUUCUUGCAAUCAAGAUUGGUGAUACGAGACUAAGUACAAUGGAAACUGGCACUGGUCUAAUAAGAGCUAUGAUAGAAGCAAUAAAAUACAAAUGUGAUCUUGUCAACUAUAGCUAUGGAGAAGCGACACAUUGGCCAAAUUCUGGGAGAAUUUGUGAAGUAAUUAAUGAAGCGGUGUGGAAACACAAUGUAAUCUAUGUUUCAAGUGCAGGAAAUAAUGGCCCUUGCCUUUCUACAGUAGGAUGUCCUGGUGGAACUACGUCUAGUGUAAUAGGUGUUGGUGCCUAUGUGUCACCUGACAUGAUGGUUGCUGAAUACUCUUUAAGAGAAAAACUGCCAGCAAAUCAAUAUACUUGGUCAUCCAGAGGGCCUAGCACUGAUGGAGCCCUUGGAGUAAGUAUCAGCGCCCCAGGAGGUGCUAUUGCUUCUGUUCCAAACUGGACUCUGCGAGGAACACAACUCAUGAAUGGCACAUCCAUGUCUUCUCCCAAUGCAUGUGGAGGCAUUGCAUUAGUGUUGUCAGGGCUCAAAGCUAAUGAUAUUCAUUACACUGUUCAUUCUGUCAGAAGAGCUUUAGAAAAUACUGCAGUGAAAGCUGAAAACAUAGAAGUAUUUGCACAAGGACACGGUAUUAUUCAGGUUGAUAAAGCCUAUGACUACCUCAUUCAGAAUUCAUCAUUCACAAGUAACAUAGGCUUUACAGUUACUGUCGGCAGCAACCGUGGAAUCUACCUCAGAGAUCCUGCCCAGAUAGCUGCACCUUCUGAUCAUGGGGUUGGCAUAGAACCUGUCUUUCCUGAGAAUACAGAGAACACUGAAAGAAUAUCUCUUCAGCUUCAUUUAGCUUUAACUUCAAAUGCACCAUGGGUCCAGUGUCCUAGUCAUUUAGAGCUUAUGAACCAGUGUCGACACAUAAAUAUUCGUGUGGAUCCACGUGGCCUGAGAGAAGGACUGCAUUAUACAGAGGUGUGUGGAUAUGAUAUAGCAAUGCCUAAUGCAGGCCCUCUGUUCAGAGUUCCAAUAACUGUUGUUAUACCAACAAGAGUAGAUGAAUCGUCAAGCUAUGACCUGACGUAUACAGAUGUUCAUUUUAAACCUGGUCAAAUCCGAAGGCAUUUCAUUGAUGUUCCACAGGGAGCUACGUGGGCUGAAGUGACAGUAUGUUCGUGUUCAGCUGAUGUGACUGCCAAAUUUGUGCUUCAUGCUGUUCAGCUAGUGAAACAAAAAGCAUAUAGAAGUCAUGAGUUCUACAAAUUUUCAUCCUUACCAGAAAAAGGAUCAGUGACUGAAGCAUUUCCUGUCUUAGCUGGAAAAACCAUUGAAUUUUGUGUUGCUCGGUGGUGGGCAAGCCUUAGCGAUGUUAGCAUUAAUUACACAAUUUCUUUCCAUGGUGUACUUUGUGCUACACCUCAGCUAAACAUGCAUGCUUCAGAAGGCAUCGUACGAUUUGAUGUUCAGUCUCUGUUGAAGUAUGAAGAUAUUGCUCCAUGCAUAAAUCUGAAAAGCUGGGUUCAAACACUCAGACCAGUGAGUGCAAAAAUAAAACCUUUGGGCUCCAGAGAUAUUUUACCAAAUAAUCGUCAACUGUAUGAGAUGAUUUUGACCUAUAACUUUCACCAGCCUAAGAGUGGAGAAGUAACUCCAAGCUGUCCACUUCUUUGUGAAUUGUUGUAUGAAUCUGAAUUUGAUAGUCAACUGUGGAUUAUUUUUGACCAGAACAAAAGACAAAUGGGUUCAGGAGAUGCCUAUCCACACCAGUAUUCUGUGAAACUGGAAAAAGGAGAUUACACUAUUCGGUUACAAAUUCGUCACGAACAGAACAGUGAGCUGGAUCGCAUCAAAGACCUUCCAUUUAUUGUUUCUCACAGGUUGUCUAGUACCUUGAGCUUAGAUAUUUAUGAAAACCAUAGCCUUGCUCUCUUAGGAAAGAAGAAAUCCAACAGUUUGACAUUACCACCAAAACACAGUCAGCCAUUCUUUGUUACAUCUCUGCCUGACGACAAAAUACCUAAAGGAGCAGGACCAGGUUGUUAUCUUGCAGGAGCUCUUACCCUGUCUAAAACAGAACUUGGAAAGAAAGCUGAUGUCCUUACUGUUCACUAUCAUCUGAUACCAUCACCUUCAAAGAGUAAAAAUGGCAGCAAGGAGAAAGAAAGAGAACAGGAAAAAGAGAAAGAUGUAAAAGAAGAAUUUGCUGAAGCUUUAAGAGAUCUAAAAAUACAGUGGAUGACCAAGCUGGAUACCACUGACAUGUAUAAUGAGUUGAAAGAAGCAUUUCCUAAUCAUCUUCCAUUGUACGUUGCAAGACUUCAUCAGCUGGAUUCUGAAAAGGAACGAAUGAAAAGACUUGAUGAAAUUGUUGAAGCUGCAAAUACUGUAAUCUCUCAUAUUGAUCAGACAGCGUUAGCAGUAUAUUUUGCCAUGAAGACUGAUCCCAGGCCUGAUGCAACUACUAUAAAAAAUGAAAUGGAAAAACAGAAGACUACUUUAGUGGAUGCACUUUGUCGAAAAGGAAGUGCACUGGCUGACCAACUUCUUCAUCUGCAGGCCCAAGAAGGGGCUGCUUCUAGUGAUGCAGAAGGCAAAGAUGAGGAUCAUGAGAGCUGCUCAGAAGCUUUGACAGAGACGUUCUGGGAAACAACAAAAUGGACUGAUCUUUUUGACAGCAAGGUUUUGACUUUUGCCUAUAAGCAUGCAUUGGUAAAUAAAAUGUAUGGGAGAGGUCUCAAGUUUGCCACAAAACUUGCAGAAGAGAAGCCAACAAAGGACAACUUGAAAAACUGCAUUCAGCUAAUGAAGUUGCUUGGAUGGACUCAUUGUGCAACUUUCACUGAAAAUUGGCUUCCUGUCAUGUAUCCACCUGAUUAUUGUGUAUUCUAGAAAACCAACAACUGUAAACUUAAAGUGAUUUUAUAUGGGCAGAAUAUGAAAAGAUAAGUUCGACUUUUUAUUGGAACGCAUGUUUUCAUUACUGAAUGCUGAUUAUCAAAUUGUGUGUAUUUAUCAGUAAAGGCACCUGGGUACAGCUUAAUACCUGUUAACCUAACUCCUGUCAUCAGGGAGUUUCCUUAUUGUGCAUCCCAUUGCUGGCAAUGGAUGUGCCAGAACUGCCAACACCAAGGAUUUGGAAUUAGGCUGGAAAGGCUUACUGCAUGCAUGUUAGGUUCUUAACUGUUACUUUUAACUGCAAACCUGUAAAAGCUCUGUAUUUUUUACAGUAAACUGAAUUUUAACAUGUUUGAUCUUAAUUUCAAUUGUAUGAAGGCCUUAAAGCUACUUCAAGAGUAGCUAAAAUCUUAUUUAUUAGACUAAAGUCACAGGACAUCAUUACCUGUAUUGUUUGCAAGAGUUUACAUUUAAUUUUUUUAAGAAAAAUUCAACCUCUCAAACCGUUACAAUGCGUAACUCGGAAU